AUGCUCCGUAAAUCAAUGGCUGCCAUGGAUUCGGAAGAUGAACCCUUGUUGCUCCAAGGUACCUGGAACCUAAGUGAGUUUGAAGAGCAAGAGGAGGAGGAAGAAGAGGAGGAGGGAGAAGGAGGAACAGAACAACCAACUGGAAAUGAGCAGGUCUGUAAAGGGUUGUGGUGGGCUUUCGGCUGGGUGUACACGCAACCCUGGGCGAGCGGACUGGUUCUGGCCGUGGGAUUUCUGGUACCCUUCGCCCUCUCUGCUUAUAUGUUCCUUCACUGUGAACCGCUAGACAUUGACCUUUCUUACAGCGCAUUCGAGGUCAGGAGUCAUGCCUCGGCAGAACGUUUUGACUCUCUCACCAUUGCACUGAAAAGUCAGUUGGGGUCUUGGGACAGGCACAGGCGUGACGCCGAGGGAUUUGACCUUGAAUCCAAUGCUCUGAGGGACCUUUUUUUGCUCAUGGUAAACAGAAAAGGGAAGGACGUCUCUACAGUGGUGAAUGUCACAGAACCUGCAGGGAUCUUGGGACAGACUAAGACGGGGGCACACAAUGACAACAGACAGUUUGGAAAUGAGAAAAACAACAAGACUAAAGAGGAAAAGAUAGAAUCUGUAAAGCCUAACAUAGCAGUAAACCUCAAUUCAAGUGAUGCUGGAGAUCACAGGAAACUAGACUCACCCUUAAUGAGGAAGCGAAGAUUUGCGGGUUACUCCUACCUCCAGACCCAGGCACUGUGGAGGAUAGAGCUAGUGUUCGUGGCCCAGGGUGACAAGGAUAAUAACAUCUUCACCCCCGAACGCCUUGACACCAUACACCACGUAGAGAGACUUCUAAUGCAGCACCCUCAGUUUCAACAGUUCUGCUGGAAGCCACUGGAGGUGUUGCGAGACUUGCCUUUGGGACCUUCCUUCUGCUCCCCUCCAAGCUCCCUCAUGUCCUACCUCUUUCCCAGUGAGCGUGGGGGGAAGAUCUACUAUGAUGGAAUGGGACCUGAUCUAGCCGAUAUACAUGGUGCCCUGAGCUUGGCCAUCACUCAUCCGCAAUUUUACUGGUACAUUGAUGAGACACUUACACCGGACAAGCUUCAGUCCUCGCUUCUUCGCAGUGAGAUCCAUUUUGGAGCUCCUCUCCCCUCCUUCUACUCUCUUCAAGACAGACCUCUCGAACAGAGACGUCUUUUCAGAGACUUUGUGGUGCAGUAUGCGGACAUACUGUCACAACAAUCCACCAGUAAAGUGAAGGUGUUGUACGGGGGUACGGAGUUAUUUGACGAUGAGGUGCGGAAGACCUUCCACAGUGACAUGUUGCUGGCUUUAUUCAGUGGGGGAUGCAUUACUGUCCUUGUGUACUUUCUCACCUCAUUUUCUGUGUUUCUGACGUUCUUUGGCUUGGCCAGUAUUGGUCUGAGCUGUCUCAUGGCACUCUUCUUGUAUCAUGUGGUGUUUGGAGUGAAAUAUCUCGGCAUUCUCAAUGGAGUGGCAGCUUUCGUCAUCAUAGGCAUUGGUGUGGAUGACGUGUUUGUGUUCAUCAGUACGUUCAGACAGUCAGCCCACCUGACUUGUUCAAUGCAGCGUAUGAUUUACACAGUAAAGACAGCAGGCCGAGCCACGUUCCUCACAUCCUUCACAACAGCAGCAGCAUAUGCUGCAAACACCUUCUCACAGAUCCCAGCGGUUCAUGAUUUCGGUCUGUUCAUGUCUCUAAUUGUGAGCUGCUGCUGGCUUUGGGUGUCCAUUCUCAUGCCUGCUGCCCUUUGCAUCUGGAGCCAGUGUGGAGCUGCCCAUGCCAACGCCUGUCCCAAAUGGUGGACCACUCUAACUAAACUGUCCACCAGCCCCAGUCCGCUCUCAGAUGAAGACGAUGUUGCUCUAAUAACGGUAGAAAUGGAACCAGGUGUGUAUGACUCUGAAUCCGAUGCGGUGCUGCUGUCGCUCUCGGCUGAAGCUGCUUUGGCCGUGUCCACUGAGGGCAGUGUAGGGGUGGUCAGCGCUCACCUUCAGAAGCUCCUGAGACACUGGGUGGCAGAGCCUGUAGUGGAGAAACGGAAAACCAUUAUAGGUGUGUAUGCUCUGGUUCUGCUGAGCUCGGUGUGGUGCUGCUGUCUCCUGCGGCCGGCCAGUCACGCGCCUGUGCUCUUCCACAGAGACACCAACCUGCAGAGACUGCUGGACCUGCGCAGCAACCUCAGCGCCCAGGGCAUCGCCUGCCAUAUGUGCUCGGGUGUUUUUAUGGAGCGACCUCAUAAUCUGCACAGCACUGCUGACUUCACAAGCUCUACCUCAGGGAACCAUCCCACAAUUCCCUCAAACCAGACCAAACCAGCAUCCAACAACAGCACACAGAUGCUCGCAGGUGGUCUCCUUACUGUAUAUGUGUUUAAACUGGAGCUGGGCUCUGCUGUUCCUCUAUAUCGUUAUUCACUAAGUGCCAGCGUACCUGCACCUUGGCAGGCAUCAUCAUCUACACAUGGGGAUGUGCCCUUCUUUCAGGCCUACAGAAGUCCCCAUAGCAACUUCAGCACACGGAUGAGCGUGUGCGUGUCUCAUGCGUAUCACCCGCGGCCGCGCUGGAUGCUGACUCUGCGUUCGUGUGACGACAGCCGACGCUGGAGAUCAGAGUUUGACUUCUACGUGGCGUCGGUCGAGCAGCAGCACAGCAGCAUAUCAAAGUGUCUGGAAAUGAGCUGGGAUGAUAGGAAUCUGGUCUAUAUUUUGGGCAGGAAGCUGUAUUUCGCCCAGCACACGAUCAGCCCGUACCCCAGUCGUGUGUACAGGCCUGGGUUUUUAAUGGCCAACAGAAGUCCCCAUAGCAACUUCAGCACACGGAUGAGCGUGUGCGUGUCUCAUGCGUAUCACCCGCGGCCGCGCUGGAUGCUGACUCUGCGCUCGUGUGACGACAGCCGACGCUGGAGAUCAGAGUUUGACUUCUACGUGGCGUCGGUCGAGCAGCAGCACAGCAGCAUUUCAAAGUGUCUGGAAAUGAGCUGGGAUGAUAGGAAUCUGGUCUGUAUUUUGGGCAGGAAGCUGUAUUUCGCCCAGCACACGAUCAGCCCGUACCCCAGUCGUGUGUGUGAGGGGCCGCCGGGGUGUGUGUUCAGCUCUGGACCGGAUGGACCCACUCAGGGCAGCUUCUAUGCACCUCUACCUACAGAGUUUGACUUCUACGUGGCGUCAGUUGAGCAGCGGCACAGCAGGAAGCUGUAUUUCGCCCAGCACACGAUCAGCCCGUACCCCAGUCGUGUGUGUGAGGGGCCGCCGGGGUGUGUGUUCAGCUCUGGACCGGAUGGACCCACUCAGGGCAGCUUCUAUGCACCUCUACCUACAGCUCCUGCCCAGGUUAAGAUCUCCAGGACCUCCGGCUUUAACCCCUGCAGCGGAGGUCAGUGUGGGAAACCAGCAGUGCGUCCUCUAGUGGACACCGGAGCCAUGGUGUUCGUGGUGUUCGGCAUACUGGGCAUCAACCGCACUCAGCGCUCAGACAACCAUGUUAUUGGAGACCUGGGUAGUGUGAUCUACGAUCCAGACUUUGAUGUUUUUAAUGAGAUCGGGCACUUGUGCAAGCUGUGCAAAACCAUCAGUGCUAACACCAAGCUGGUGAAGCCUGGUGGAGCUCAGUGUUUGCCAUCAGGUAACAGCCUCACAUCCAUCCUGCCGUUACUCCAUCCUGAGUGUCACUCUCUUCCUGAGCCCAAUCUCUUGCCUGGCCAGCUAUCCCAUGGUGCAGUGGGCAUGCAGGGCGGUAGAGUGCACUGGAUCUCUAUGGCUUUUGAAUCAACCACCUACAAGGGAAAGUCUUCGUUUCAGACUCACUCUGAUUUCCUCCAAUGGGAGAGUUUCCUGCAGAAACAGCUCGCAUCACUCCCAGCAUCCUCGGCUCUGAGACGAGGCUUCCAGACCUGCCAACACUGGAAACAGAUCUUCAUGGAAAUUAUAGGUGUGGAGAGCGCCCUCUACAGUCUGCUGCUGUCACUUGCCAUUUGCAUCGCAUCAGUAGCUGUGUUUACUGCUCAUCCGCUGCUGCUGCUGCCAAUGCUGCUGAGCAUUCUGGGUAUGGUGUGUCUGGUGGUGGCGGUGAUGUAUUGGCUGGGAUGGGAGCUGGGUGCAGUUGAAGCCAUCUCUCUCUCCAUAUUGGUGGGCUCUUCGGUGGACUAUUGCCUUCAUCUAGUGGAGGGAUAUUUACUGGCUGGGGACACUGACACCUCAGGACUGGCUAAUCACAGUUCGGAGUCCUCCAUCAAACGGCAGACACGGACCCUUGAAGCAGCCAAUCACGUGGGUGUUGCUAUAGUUUCCAGUGCCGUGACGACGGUGAUUUCAACCAUUCCGCUCUUUUUUUGUGUCAUCGUGCCUUUCGCCAAAUUCGGUCAGAUUGUGGCCAUCAACACGGCCAUCUCCAUCGCCUUCACGCUCACCGUCACGACCGCGCUGCUGGCCACGAUGGGUCCUGGCGACUUCACCCGUCCUCCCAGAGCCGUGCUCAAAGCCGCUCUGGUGGUCCUGGUCGUGGGGGUCUGUGGAGGUGUGCUGUGGUGGACCGGGUCACAGUUCGCUCCGGACACACUGAUCUGAAUCGAGGAACCAGGGGGAUUUCAAGAGAGCAACUGUGAUUAUUUCAGACGACAUGUGUGAACUCUUUGGGAAGCAGGUUUGGGAAAAUGCAGUAUUUAACAUACAGUGGUGGCCAAAAUCAUUUGAACACUAGUAUUCU